AUGAAGACGACGUGGAAGGAUAUCGCGCCUGUGCCGACGUCGCAGGAGUUCUUGGACAUUGUCCUGAGCAGAACCCAGAGAAGAUUGCCGACUCAGAUCAGAGCGGGUUUCAAGAUUUCGAGAAUCAGAGAACGCAAGACUAACCAGAUUCAUANNGCGUUCUACAUGCGCAAGAUCAAGUUCACCUGCGAAACCUUUGCCGAAAAGAUCCAAGCCGUCCUCGAUGGAUUCCCUCGUCUCGCCGACAUCCACCCUUUCCACAAGGAUUUGCUCAACACCCUUUACGAUGCUGACCACUUCCGCAUUGCCCUCGGUCAGCUGUCCACCGCAAAGCACUUGAUCGAGACAGUCGCCCGCGAUUAUGUCCGUCUCGUCAAGUACGGUCAGUCGCUCUUCCAGUGCAAGCAGCUCAAGCGCGCUGCUCUCGGUCGCAUGGCCACAAUCUGCAAGCGUCUGAAGGACCCACUUCUCUAUCUCGAGCAGGUUCGCCAGCACUUGGGUCGUCUUCCCUCCAUCGACCCCAACACCCGCACUCUCCUCAUCUGUGGUUACCCCAACGUCGGAAAGUCGAGUUUCCUCAAGAACAUCUCCCGCGCAGAUGUCGACGUCCAGCCCUACGCCUUUACAACGAAGAGUUUGUUUGUUGGUCACUUCGACUACAAGAUGCUGCGUUUCCAGGCCAUCGACACUCCCGGUAUUCUGGACCACNCCCUGGAAGAGAUGAACACUAUCGAAAUGCAGUCGAUUACUGCUAUUGCUCACUUGCGUUCCGCCAUUCUCUACUUCAUGGAUUUGUCUGAGCAGUGUGGUUACUCUGUCUCGGCUCAAAUGCAGCUUUUCCAGUCCAUCAAGCCUCUUUUCGCCAACAAACUCGUUUUCGUCGUCAUCAACAAGAUCGAUGCCAUGCGCCCCGAGGACCUCGACCCCGAGACCCAGCAAGCUCUUGCUGAGAUGUGCAAGUCCGACAACGUUGAGAUGCUCCAACUUUCCUGCACAACCACCGAAGGUCUCAUGAACGUCCGUAACGCCGCUUGCGACCGUCUUCUCGCCGAGCGUAACGCACAGAAGCUCAAGGCUGGUACCAACGCUUCUGGUGAAGUCACUGGUCGUCUCAACGACGUUCUCCGCCGUAUUCACGUCGCCCAACCCAUGGGUGGUGUUGUUCGCGAAACCUUCGUUCCCGACGUUGUCAAGACCAGAGUCAAGUACGACAAGGCAGACCCCAACCGCAUUACCCUCAUGCGCGACAUCGAGGAGGAGAACGGUGGUGCUGGUGUCUUCAACAUCAACCUCAAGGAGAAGUGGAUGCUCGAGAACCCCGACUGGCGCGAGGACAAGAUGCCCGAAUUCCUCGACGGAAAGAACGUUUACGACUUUGUCGACCCCGAAAUCGAGACCAAGCUCGCCGCUUUGGAAGAGGAGGAAGCCCGUCUCGAGGCAGAGGGCUACUACGACAAAUCAGAGGACGAGGUCGAGGACGCCGACGACGCAGACAUUAAAUACAAGGCAGAGCUCAUCCGUGAGAAGCGCCAGCUCAUCCGCAACGAAGCCAAGAUGCGCAAGUCGCUCAAGAACCGCGCUGUCAUCCCCCGCAGCAAGAAGGCCGUCCAACUCGAGAAGAUGGAGAGAGGUCUCGAGGCUCUCGGCCACGACUCCACAUCCAUUUCCGAGCGUGCUCGUGCUCGUUCGCAAUCUCGUCCUCGCGGUCGCUCAGAGGCUGUCGAAGACGCCGACAUGAUGGAUGUCGAUGGUGGCGACGCACCCGCCAAGCACCGCAACAGCAUUUCUCGCGCCAUGUCUCGCACUCGAAGUGUUAGUCGCAUGAACAGACGCGAGGACGGUGUUACUAACGAGGUUGCCCGCACCAAGGCCGAGCGUCUGCACAAGCUGGGACAGAAGAAGAUGAACCGCAGCGCCAGACAGGGAGAGGGUGAUCGUCACACAACUGCCUCGCUCGCCAAGUGGCUCACUGCUGGCAUCAAGCGUGUCCCGUGGUCUCUCUCUGUUCUCCUUUGCACGACCAAGUUGAUUCCCAUCGACGAGGACGACGACACACCGGUCAACAUACUCAAGAUGGCUGAUGGUAUCUCCGAAGCAAACGCUGCCCAAUCUACUCAGGACGCUGCCUCCCCUCCUGAUGGAGACUCUGCUGCUCGCCCAGAGCACCCCAACCUCAGCGAAGUUCUGCUGGCCGAAUUGACCAGAUUCUUCAGUCUCUGCGACGCAGUCGACAUGGUCGCCUACAAAAGAGACGUCUUGAAUGCAAUCGCAGAUGUCGACUUUGCAGCUGUCUCCAGCCAUGAACAAGCCUCUAAUGUCGACAUGCACACCAUCAACCUCGAUGUCCUGGAUUCUCUUGACGACCAUGACGAAUGGUUGCGUCUCACCAAUGCAGCACUGCAAAACCUUCCUGAGAUCUAUCACCUGACUCGUGAUGUCAUCAUACGCGAGGAGGAAUUGACCGCUAUCGAAAGAAAUAUCAGGGAUAGGUUUGGUGUUGAGUUGGUGGAGAAUUUUCAGGCUGAGAUGGUGCAGCGGUUUGAGGAGGUGACGAGAAUUCUGGCAUUCAAUCGCAAUGCUAUGUUCGAGAGUUGUCGUGCUAUCUUGGCUGCUGCAAGAACUGCUCCUGCAAGUUCCUAG